AUGGGAGAGCUGGAAAGCGAUAUGAGACCACCAGCCGGGAAGCGAAGCUUCACGAAUGUUGGUCCGAGGAAAGGUGCUGCGUGUCUUUGGUAUUUAAUUGUCGUGAUAUUUGCAAUAUGGUUGGGUUCGAGGGCGGGGAGAUCAAAGAUAAGCAGUUUUGUGAGGGACAUGAGCGAUCUUUAUGUCAGCGGAAUAAAUUACGACGCGCUAGAGUAUGAUCGAGGGACUCUUGAGCUUAAUGAGGGUAUGACAUAUCUCACCUACGAGCUGGCUAAUGAGAAUGCCACGAAGGCGCCGAGCGUCUUCUUCAAUGGCUCAUCGUUCCAGGUCGAUCCACGAUAUCAAGAGAAUGCCCCAAAGGCUCUGCCAAAUAUCGAACAAGGGAACGCGUCGGGGACAGGCGACGGCCCCGGGAGAUCUGAACGCUUAGGCGCUGCAGCGUUGAUCCCUGAAAAUCCCCUAUACUUUUCAUCCAAAGAACGCUUAAGAGACAGUGAUUAUGAUAUCGCAGGCGUGGGAAUCUUCUUUCUAUCACACAGUAAACUGUCCACAAUACCCAGCGUUUUCCGUCAUAUUUGGGCUCUACUUCGCAGAUGGAGAAAGGAUUCAGAAGAUCUGUGGGAGAGUGGCGACAUAAUUACUUUGAAUCCCCGAAACGAUGAGCAAAAGCUCACCGCAGAUGGGAAAUCCAGUCUUGCAGUUGCACUUCCCUCGUUAUUGGUAGGUAUUAUUGGUGUAGGAAUCGCAGCAAUGACGCUAAUCUUGACCCGGAAACGAAGAGGUGACGGAGCAGUUGAGCUUGUACAGGUUAAUGUUCAGAUUAAUCAUGUUAAUGUCGUUAUGAGUGGGGUUUGA